CAUUUCUUUUGCAGAUUUGUUGCUAUGGGAUAGGAUCUGAGGCAUAAAAAAUCAUUGCUCAAUACAGUGUGAGCUGAUAAGAUGGAUGUUUUAUUUGCAAGUUACAUUAACAUGUUAAGAAGUAAUUUUAGAAUUGGUGCUAUAUGUGUACUAUGCUGCUUAAGUCAUUUUGACAAAUGGGUUCCUCUAGUGUUCUGCUCCCCCAUAAACAAUGGUUCUGCUUGUACUUACAGAACUAUGUUAUUGCUUCCUGGGGCUGUAUGUUUAUAUGUAGUUUCCUGAUGAAGAUCUGCAAUUCCUAUUACCAGGAAGGGUCCAAUUUAACUGCGUUAUACAAAAACUUCCAGCGUUAAACUAGCUUUUUAAGGAGGUUGUCUGAAAAGAAGAACACGGUCUUCACUAAAAUCAGGAGGGCUGAAUGAGGGAAUGAAAACCGCAGGAAACCUGUCAAGUACUGAAUAUCUAAGGUCGUCGUGAGACAUCACCAGAGAACGCUGCACAAUGUCAACUGCAGGAGUUGCUGCUCAGGAGAUGAGAGUCCCAUUAAAAACCGGAUUUCUUCACACUAGUCAAGGCAUGGGGAGUUUGAAAACCUGCUGGGGUAGCCACAGUGGAUUUGAAAAUACUUUCUUUAAUGUGGACCCUAUAGCAGUGGCAUAUAAUUUAGGUCCAUCGACAGAGCAGCAUUUGCCAUCCAUUGGGCACUCUUCCAACCAGGCUUCCAUGAAUGACCACAUUGCUGAAAGUUGCAUCCAAGUCCCAUCUCAGAAAUCCAGUCCACUUCCUGUAAGUCCCAAAAGUGAACUGACAGUUUCAAGAUAUGAAGACCAUCUCGUUCCUGGCUUUAGUAAACUAUCAUUAACCAUGAGCUGUGUUUCUGAAGAAACACCUCCUCACAUGGCAAUAAAAAAUGGACCAAUUCAAUUUCUGUCUACAUCUUCCAAUGAUCGUAGCUCCAGGCCUCUACCCCCUCUACCUAUUUCUGAAGACCUUACUUCAGAUGAGGUUGACAAAGAAGUGGAAUUCCUGACUAGCUCAGAUACUGACUUUUUGUUAGAAGAUUAUGAACUUCCUCCUUUUAAAGCCAGUGCUCCAAGUCGGCGGAGCUUUAGGGGCUGUGGACAGAUCAACUAUGCAUACUUUGAUACUCCAGCAGGACCAAAACCAGAAGAUUCCAACCCUACACAAAGCCUAAAUGUAUACAUAUCCAGUAUUUACCCUCCUCCACAGCAGCUGCAUCGACGCUUGCGAAGGUCCCAUUCUGGGCCAGCUGGAUCUCUUAAUAAACCAAUAGUAAGACUAUCUGGACACUUAAACAGGUCUUCUCCAACCUCUGAUGAAGAUAAACCAGAGAUUCCACCAAGGGUUCCCAUACCUCCAAGGGCGCUCAAACCAGACUACAGAAGGUGGUCAGCAGAAGUUGCUUCUAGCGCGUACAGCGAUGAAGACAGGCCUCCAAAAGUACCCCCAAGAGAACCUCUGUCACACAGCAAUUCCCGUACCCCGAGCCCCAAAAGCCUCCCAUCAUACCUCAAUGGGGUUAUGCCCCCCACCCAGAGUUUUGCACCUGAUCCUAAGUAUGUCAGCAGCAAAGCUCUACAAAGACAAAAUAGUGAAGGAUCUUCAAACAGGGUCCCUUGCAUUCUUCCAAUUAUUGAAAAUGGUAAGAAGGCCAGUUCAACACACUACUAUCUGCUACCUGAAAGGCCUCCAUAUUUGGACAAGUAUGAGAAAUUCUUCAGAGAAGCAGAAGAAAGGAGCUCUAACACUGAGGUUCAGUCCUGGUCUGGUGACUGCACAGCCACCUCAGCUCCGACAAAACUGGACUCAAAACCGAGAAUGGACAUAGGUGGUCACCUGAAACGAAAACACCUGUCUUAUGUGGUUUCCCCGUAGUUUCUGGGAGCACAGUCAGUCCCAGCUCAGUUGUUCAGGAUGGAGCUGACCUUUAUCAUGUUACAAAGUUCUUAUGGUUCUCAGAUAAUGAAGUAGGAGCAGUUUGACCUCUGAGAACUGGAAAGUGGAUUGUAAAGUCCUCUUAUGCUGCAUAUAUUCGAUAUGUUUCUUAAGACUCUUUUUGUUUGUCUAGGUAUGUAAGCUGAAAACCUACAAAGUUCCCAUACAAAGAAACAUGGAGGGAUAGUAGUCACAGCUGGCCAGUUGUAUGCUACCUAGAUGAACGUAUUUGGUAGUCACAUUAUCAAAAAAAAAAAUAAUUAAAAUCGAGCUUUGCUGAUGAGUCACUUAUAAAGCAGACAGCAGACCAAGUAAUGCAGUACAGUUUUUGUAUUGGGUAUUUUCCAAAAUUUCUUUUAUACAGUAACCGUACUGAGAACAGACUCUGUUCUCUUUGACUAGGCUAUGUCAGCCUGAUAAGAAGGUAACUGCAAGAUUUGAUACCCACUUCAAGACUUGACAGGCAUAUUGGAAGCACAUUUUGAAAGUUUAAUCUAUUUUACAAAUUAAUUUGAUGCUAAUAGACUUUUAAAGUGAGUUGGUUUUGUGGAUUCACUUGCUAGACACACUUGGCUCAGUUUUGCAGUUUUUCCUAGAAGAGACUUGGACCAGCUAUUGCUAAGCCUCUGCUGCUGCUCUUUUCCUGCUGGAUCCUAGAUACGUGUGAGAGUGUCCUGAGCAGCCACACGGUUGCUGUCAGGUAGGCAGUAACAACUGUGUGCUCACCUAGAGUCUGAAAUUCUGACUGUAUUAAAUACAGAAACACAGCACAAGCUGGUCUUGUGUUUUUGUUUCUGUUCAGUAUUUUAGGGGAGGAGGAGGAGGGUACGAGGGAAAAACAUGAUUCCAUUUAUGAACAGUGUCAGUCCCGUCUCUUGCUGCUUUGAUGCUGCUUCUUGCUGUUUAAUUUUUCUUCACUGUGCCUCAGCCAUCCACUGAAGUUCACUGAGGUGCCACAUUAGCAGUUUCUCAUGCUCAUUUUGGUUACAUUUAUCCUCUUACAGAAAAGCACAAGAGAAAGGGUGCUCAUUAAUGGGGGUACAGAAGAUGAAUGUGUUCCUCCUAACAGAAGUAAACAAGCUGUUUACAGUUUAAACUGCUGAAUGAGAUGUUUGAGCUAUUUUAAAGCUUACUUUUUAUUUGUUUUAGUACAAACUAAAUGAAGGUGAAAUACAUGCUAUAGAAAUGCACUGAUAUUUCUGCAUCAUGUACAGUAUUGAAUAAAAAAUAAUUCACUUUGUAUUUUGAAUAUUGUCAUGUCUUGAGUUUAAUAAAGUUAUAAAAUACUUAUUUAUGAUACAUUUUGGAUUUUGCUUUAUUGAAUAGUGUAUGCAAUUGUGCAUUUGAGUUCUGCAUUUACUGCAAAGUUCAAAGUCAAUAAUGUUAAAUAUACAACAAAUGUUGAAUUCACCUUGCAUUUAAUUAGAAUUAAGACUGCUGCAGAAGUGUUCAAUAACUCACAUUGCACACUGUUAAUUUUAAUGCCUCGUUACUGCCUGGUAGCAUGUUGUCUAUAGUUUUGUGCUGGCAAUAAAACAUUCUGUGAGAUUAAGUUAUCUGGCCUAA